UGUUCUCAGCAAGAGCAUCGACUGGCAUAACAUGCCUGACUUUUUUAUUCACAACUUUGCAUCAGACACUGCAGGAGCCAUAGUGGAGAUGAUUAAGAAAGAACCCCGGGACUCUCUCUCCAGCACCAUACGGCUCCAGGCCAUGGCCAUCAUUAUCGAGCUGAGCAAAAAGCAUGUGGUGAAGGCCAUGGGCUCCCACCAGAGAUGGGUCCUGCUGAGAACAUUCCUCAAGAGCGUGUUUUCCCUGCCACUUCUAAUGACAUUGCAGGUGCAAGGAGUAAUCAGGGGUAUAAGCGGCCAGUACACAAAGGUUCUCUUCAUUGAAACAUUGCAGACCCUCAACGAGAUGCUCCAGAGUCUGAUUUUAGAAAAUCCAGUUCCGGCAGAGCUAGAGAGGAUCUUGCAGCUCAUGGACUCCUGGAUGCAGUCCCGGGAAGCUUGCCGGCGGGAGAGGGCUGUAUGGAGCAGCAUACUGCUCCUAAACUUCGUGGGCACAGAAGUCAAACUGGAUGAAGCGUCUCCAUUCACCAGGCUCGGACACCUGGUUGCAGUGCUGGGGAUCCGCUGUGGGGAUUCUGUCAAGGCGAUCAGCUCAAAUGCAACAGGGGCUGUUCAUUACCUCGUCUCUAUUGCGUGGCGCCAAAAGAGUAAGAGAAGCACUGAUGAGCAUCUGAAUCCCCCUCCUGGGAGCUAA